AUGCUUCUCGAGAAAUCUCAGCAAAUUCCACCAACAAUACUUCAUCGAUCGAUCAGUCAUACACCUAGCAUGGUGGUUAAUAUCAAAAAAUAUCUAUCUGAUCAACCACAAUUGAUUGAUUGUCCAUAUUGUAAGAUUCAUUGUAUCACCGAAGUGAAAUUUAUUGUUGGUCUCUUCACAUGGAUUAGUUUUCUAAUUAUCUUAAUUGCUGGCAUUUUUAUCCUACCCUUAUUCUUUCUUUGGGUACCAUUCUUCGCUGAUACAUUCAAAGAUGCGUAUCAUUACUGUCCCAAUUGUAAAGCCUGGAUUGGAACUUAUCGUCGAUUGGGUAGAAGCAAGUAG